CUUUUGAGGUUAAUGAUUGAACGGUACUUUUCUUCGUAUAUCAUCCCCUACAAAAUGGAAAUGAAAAAAAGAAUCAGAUCUAUGGUGGAUCUUUUUUGCAAGUUGGACAGCUUUGAAGCACAGGUGUUUGCUGAAAUUGUUUCGCGAUCGUCUAGUCAUCGACGUAUCUUGCGUGAAAUGCUGCAGAUCAUCUCACGACAAGCAGCGGCUGAACUGCAAUCUAAAAUUCAACGGAUAUGCAGCACUCAUCAUGACCCUACAGGAUUUUCGAUUGCUCUGAAACACUUUGCUAAUCUCCUGUCGACUGAUCAAAGAUGUUUCGAAUGCGCUGAAUAUCUCGUAUCCAAUGAAUACACAACCUCGAAAAUUGAAGAAACUUGUGUAGGUUUCCUACCUGCUGCAUGA